CAAUGAAUUUUCCCAUAGCCGUGGCGUUUUCUUUGUUCUUCCUCAAUGUUUGGGCAAACCGUAGUGCUGCCACGUACGCUUAGUACUUGACACCUUUGAGGCUAUCUACCUUUCUUCCUCUACAUCCGUUUUUCAUGCUUUGCUGCACGCGGUGCAGGGGUAUCCGAGGAGUGAAACAAAGGGCCUUCCAAUGUACUGAACCAUGAUCUCUCGGGUUGUUUACCGUCGCCUUUGGGCAAUGGUGUUGAUAGCUUCGUCGGCGGCUGGGGGUGUUAUCACAUCUCCCGCAGUGCUGCCAAGAGCAACAACGACAGGCUCCGCUCUCAUAGACUACCUUCAUGAGUGUGAUGGGAAGCAUAUCUUCUGGUGUCCACAGGCAUCUGGGACUUGUUAUACUGGGAUCGACGGCUACAUCGGAUGCUGCUCUACGACCUCAUGUGCAGCGCGAACUACUUGCAUUCCCUAUGAUUCCGAGGGUUCGCAGAAAUGUGAUCCAAAUUCAGGUGGUUGCUGGAGCUGCUCAGACUCCAAUCUUCCAGCAUGCGUUACGGUCACGAAUGUUGUGGCGAAACAGCACAUAUUCUAUUGCAGCUUCACCGAAGCCAUAUACACAUCCUCCUACGAGAACCUGGUCACCAUUGGCUCCAUGGCGUUUCCUCCUAGUGGUGCCACCAUGACCACGGGAUCAAAGACUGCCCAAAUCUCGUCAUCCACCAUGGGCCCAGUCUCACCGACCGCUACCGUCCCCACUUCCAUCCUCUCGUCUCAAUCCCGAUCUGGGCUCUCUGCCGGCUCCAUUGCAGGCAUCGUUAUUGGUGUAAUCUGUGUCCUCGCAAUUAUAGCCAUCAUUGCUUACCUCCGUUACUGCCACUACUGCAAGCGCCGCGACCAAGUCCAGCAUGUCAUUGACGCCAGCUGUGGCCCAAGAAACGGCAAUAUGUCCCAGAAACAACCCGUCCAUCCAUCUCCUAUUAAUGACGGCCCAGACACUCCGCAGCCGACGUACACAGACCCUGAGUCACCGGGUUAUGUCGCGAGGUCGGUUGCAAAUGACCCAGAAGACUACUUCUCUCCCAUCGAGGUUAUCAAGCGAGUGAAUACCGCAGAGGCACUGGCGAAGCUGGAGAAUAGAGACAAGGGCUUGUUUGAAAUGGGAGCAGAUACGGAACAUUCCGUAGAUCGAACGAUUGGAAGAGCGGAGAUAGGAUUUGGGAGUGGUGAUGCUGCCGCUGGGAUCUGGAAGACUAUUGCCGCUCAGUCGGGAAAUCCAAGUGCGGAAUGGAGGAACAGAUACGGGCCAACAGAAUUGGAACCCUCCUCCACAAGGGAAGGAGAGGGUGUACUUAGUAUACAAAAGGGUUCACCGCCAUCGAGGCAGCCUUGGAGAGCAACGGACCCGGCUGAUGAGGAGCUGGUGCAGCAUAAUCAGCGAGCUUUCAGUGCCAAUAGCAUCGGUACCGGUGUAGCAGAUGCGAAUGGAAUCAGCCCCGCCCUCACAAGCACUACGUUUGACGCCAGCACCGUUGUCAGCCCUCUUCUUUCUAGCGGGACGUUCUCGACCACGGCACUGAUGGGUCUGAACCCGAAGCCAUCCGUGGGUGAGCUGAAUCCGAGGGCAACAGUUGAGGGUCCGCUGAACUGGCCAAUCUUAGCAGUAAACCGAAACUCGAGCAAGUUGACGAGCGCGACCGGAUGGGAGUCGAAGUAUCUGAGUCCCGAGAUGGCGGUUUCAAACGGGUUUUCGGCUGGGGAGGAAGUGGCAGAGGGUGCUAAUAUGACUCCGGAGAAUCGCGAUUCUGGUCCCUCUGAUGCCGCCUCUAUUAUGCCGUCGAGAGCGUCGAGAUGAUACCACGGGCAGAUGAAACAUCAGCCGUAGAAUAGUGCAUGGAACUUCAAAUAAUAGCUUGUGAAUGCAAUGCAUUAGGAUCCUACUUACC